AUGGGCUGCUCGGCUCUGCUGCUGCUGCUGCUGCUCCGGCUGCUCCUCGCCCUCGGGGCUGUCUGGGGAAUGCACCCCGGGGAGAGCGAGACAGUGCCGGGCACUUUGGGGAAGGCGACGAUCCUGAGGAUCCCCCCCAGGCUGCGGGAGCUCACCGCGGAAUUCCGGGAAUCCUCCUGGAAGCGGUGGGGGUCGUUCCCCAAGAAGCAAGUCCUGGUCAAGUACUCGGGGGGCAACUGCACCAACCACUUCCAGGGGCAAAUCCGCUUCCACAGGGCGGACUUUUCCCUGGAGAUCCUCAACACGAGCCGGCGGGACGGGCAGCUCUACGAGUACGUGGUGAGCAAAGGGCCGGAGGAGGAGGUGCAGCAGAUCCGGCUGCAGGUCUACGAGCCGGUGUCCCAUCCCAGCAUCCGGAUCCUCAGCUGGGAACUCGCCAACGGGAGCUGCACCGUCGCCCUCAACUGCACGGCCGAGCGAGGGGAUGAGGUUUCCUACAGCUGGGGCAGCCAGGACAGCGGCGUUUCGGGGCUCUGCUCGGGGAACAGCAGCUUCCUGCACCUCUCCUACCCCCCCUGGGACACCGACACCCCCUGUGUCUGCACCGCCAGCAACCCCGUCAGCAGCCGGGCCGUCGCCUUCCACCCCCCCGAGUGCGGCCACGAGCCACGGGGCGGUGCCAGGCCGAGGAUGGAGCUGCUCGUGCUGCUGGUGGUGCCCGUUGUCAUCAUCAUCAUCAUCAUCAUCGUCCUCUUCGGGGUCUUCAGGACCCCCCGCCCGGCUGCACCCCCGGCCGAGCAGGAGCCCAGCCCGGACCGCGCCGAGCACACCAUCUACUCCCAGGUCCAGCGGGCGCGGAAGCCAAAAGAGCCGCCCAGCCCCGACCCCCCCUCCUGCACCACCAUCUACGCCGCGGCCACCGGGCCCCCCGGCAGAGCCCCCCGCGACCCUCCGGAGCCCCCCACCCUGCAGGGACCCCCGCCCCUCUCCCAGGAGCCCACCACGGUUUAUGUCGGUGUGAUGAUGCCCAGGCCCUGA